AUGUAUCAUCUGAUGAAAGGCUUGUACCUCUACGCGACGAGCAAAGAAGAAUACUCCAUCCUUCUGCUAGGUCUCGAUAAUGCCGGCAAGACCACGCUCCUCGAACAAAUAAAAGCCAUCCACUCCAACAACCUCCAUCCGAAGCUCAAGACCGUCCCGACCGUCGGCCAGAAUGUCUCGACCAUCACCCUUCCCGACAUGUACCUCAAGAUCUGGGACGUCGGCGGCCAGCACUCGCUGCGCGGCCUCUGGCAGAGCUACUACUCCUCCUGCCACGCCAUUGUUUUUGUGAUCGAUAGUACCGAUAUUGGCGACUCGGAUCUCGCGAACCUGGUCGAUGGCAAGGAAGACGACACGGACGGCCGUUUGCAGGAGUGCCGCCUAGUGCUCGAAGAUGUCCUGCAACACGAGGAAACGGAAGGUGUGCCGCUGCUGGUGUUGGCAAAUAAACAGGAUCGUGAGGAUUGCGUGGAGACGGUGAAAAUUAAGGAGGGCUUGGUGCGCAAGGUCUUCGAGGGUGAAAAGGGAGGGAGCGUCAGGGACAGCCGCGUUCUACCAUGCAGUGCGCUGACAGGGUCCGGCGUCAAAGAGGCGGUCGACUGGCUGUGUAGCAGAGUCAAAUGGAACAAGGAGGGCCGGCCGCCCGUCAUGCGGUGA